UGCCGUUUAACCUAGCAAAUAACCCUUACUUUCAUGAAGCUUUCACUUAUGCCGCUAAUCACAACAUUGCGGGAUAUGUACCACCGAAAUUUAAUUUGUUGAGGACUACUUUAUUGCAAAAAGAGAAAGCAAAUAUUGAGAGCUUGUGUACACCAAUUAAAAAAAUGUGGAAGGAUAAGGGUGUAAGUAUCGUGAGUGAUGGAUGGAGUGACUCACAAAGGAGGCCACUUAUUAACUUUAUGGCGGUGUCGGAUGGAAAUCCUAUGUUUAUAAAAUCGGUUGAUUGUUCGAAUGAAAGGAAGGACAUGCAUUUCAUUUUCAACUUAUUGAAAGAAGUAAUCAUUGAAGUUGGACAUGAGAAUGUGGUCCAAGUUAUUACGGACAAUGCUUCAAAUUGUAAGGGUGCGGGACAACUCAUUGAACAAGAAUUUCCGUCCAUUGUUUGGACACCUUGUGUGGUGCACACGCUUAAUCUAGCUUUGAAGAACAUUUGUGCCGCAAAGAAUGUGGAGGCCAAUGAAGUAGCAUACGAUGAAUGUAAUUGGAUUACAAAGAUUGUUGAUGAUGUUAUGCAAAUCAAAAAUUUCAUCAUGAACCAUUCGAUGAGAUUGGCAAUAUACAACGAGUUUAUUCACUUAAAGUUGCUUUCCGUGGCGGAUACUCGUUUUGCAUCGAUGAUUGUGAUGCUUAAGAGAUUCAAGUUGAUAAAAAAUGGUCUUCAAAACAUGGUUAUUUGUGAGAAAUGGAGUACUUAUCGAGAUGAUAAUCAAGGGAGGGCUAGGUUUGUCAAGGAAAAAGUGUUGGAUGAUCUUUGGUGGGAUUCAAUAGAUUACAUACUUUCCUUCACAGCUCCUAUUUAUGACAUGCUUAGAGUUUGCGACACCGACAAGCCUUGUCUUCACUUGGUUUAUGACAUGUGGGAUUUGAUGAUUGAAAAAGUGAAGAAAGUUAUAUACAUGCAUGAAGUGAAAAGGCUACAUGAGGAGUCUACGUUUUAUGAGGUGGUUCAUAAAAUUCUUGUGGAUCGUUGGACUAGGAACAACACUCCACUUCAUUGCUUGGCACAUGCCUUAAAUCCUAAGUACUAUAGUGAUCAAUGGCUCGAUGAAGAUUCUACUCGAGUUUCUCCACACAUGGACUAUGAGAUCAAUGAAGAAAGAAAGAAAUGUCUUAGGAAAUACUUUCCUAAUGAGGAUGAGCUCUAUAAGGUGAGUGUGGAGUAUGCAGAUUUUGCGUGCAAUAGUGGGCGUUUUCAAGACCCUCAUUCCAUUCGAGAUCGGUAUUUUAUGGAGCCUAAGAUGUGGUGGGUUGAACAUGGUGCAUGUGCACCUAUGCUUCAAAAAAUAGCCUUCAAGCUUCUUGCACAACCUUCUUCUUCAUCUUGUGCCGAGAGAAACCUGAGUACCUACUCCUUUGUGCAAUCGGCAAGAAGACAUAGGAUGACUCCAAGACGUGCAGAAGAUUUGGUUUUCAUUCAUAGCAACCUUCGUCUUCUAUCAAGAAAAGACCCACGAUAUUUAGAAGGAGAGACCAAGAUGUGGGAUAUUGGCGGAGAUGCAUUUGACACGUUUCAAGAUGUUGGGGUGCUUGAAGUUGCAAGUCUUUCACUUGAUGAGCCCGAUAUAGAAUCCGUUCUUUUGUCGGGAGGAGCGGAUAAUGUAGAUCCAUGACUUCUUGUUAUUUUUUAUGGUGAAAUGGAAUUUGUUUUUUGUUUUC